AUGCUACUGGUGAAUGUUAUUUUACUAACCAACAUGAAUACUAUCCUACCAUUUGCUCAAAUCUUCGUACAUGGAGAAAAAGAUGAACCGGAUGUCAUUUGGGGUUUUAACGAGCUCAAAAGUUUGACGAUAACGACCGAUGUGCCUCUAGCUCGCAUCGCUGUCACAGGUCGCGAUAUUGCCUGCACAAAUGCAGCUUUUCCAGAGAGCGACAUGAUGCUAUGUCGCUGGCACGUCAAACGCAAUGUAGAAGCCCAGGACAAGAAGAAAAUCAGCAACAACUCCAAGCGUUCGCUGGCAGUGGCCAAGUUUGUAGACCAGUUCGAACAGGCUUUUAAUUAG